AGUGACAGUCUUUCCUCUUCCCUGCGCAUUAUCCCAUUCCGAUCUUCCCUUUCUCUCUCUAUAAAAAACCUUUACUUUCUCUCUCUCUAGAAUCGAGAUCUCGAAACCCUAGAAAAAGGUCAGAUUUUGCGUCGUGGAUUCAUCGAUGAAGCUCGGUGACUGCUUCUUCACACCCUGAUCUUGAUUCCGUGCAAUUUUCAGUAUAAACAACAUACACAAACUACAUGGCUUGUGACCUGUGGGGCCCACCAUACAAUCAAGUUGCAGAAGAGAGUAGUUGUAUGCAACCUGGAUGGCAAUAUGACUUUCACUUUGGUUAUGGGUUUGAUGUGAUUGAAGAAAAUGCUUUGAAUGAAAAAUUUUGCCUGCAAGUCUUACAGAUAUUGAUAUCAAAAGCAGAUGCUGAAAUUGAUGAACUUGAAAACUAUCUGGUAUCCCUGCAAAGUGAACUGGCCUGGGCUGAAUAUGAUGACUGGUCUGAAAUAUGUUGCAAUGGUUUGAGAAAAAGGAUUGAUUGCCUUGAUGUUUCGAUAAAGGCUUUGAGGAACAGGGAUGAGAAUGAUGUUGAGGUUCAUUUACUGAUGCAUACACAACCUGCUGAGAGGGCUCAUGAUAUAGUGAGAACUCUGUUCAAAAGUUACCGCCACGGGAAAGAUAAGCAGAAUGAUCAGCCUCUGGAUGAUAUUGUCUUAGAUUCAGGAUCUGAUUCGCUUGGACAUGUGGCUGACUAUUUGCUUGAGAGCCAAAAACCAAGUGUCUCUGAUUUCAAUGUUGCUGCAGAGGAAACACAAGGUCCCUGUAUUAUUCACGCAGAAAACUGUGCUUCCAUAAAUAAAUCUAGUCAGCUUGUAGAGAAGAAAUCAAAUAACUCAGAAAUAGAGAAGCAGCUAGACAAUAUUGAUGCCAAAGACCAAAUAAAAUAUUAUCUGGCACAGGCAGCAGAACAUACCGAUGAGAACAAAGCUGCAAACAACCAUGUUUUGGAAAGUAGUGAGAAACAAGGAGCCAGAGAAGAGGAUUAUUCUCCUGAAGACAAAAUGGUCAUCCAAAAUUCACCUUCUAAGUCUGCAGGGAAGAGAAUGCUUAACCUAGAAAUAGUUAAGGUUGAGUCUCCAGAGAUCACCAUGAAUGCUUCAAACAUGGAUGCUCAGGAACAUGCAAUUGGUGGCUACCUGAACAAGAAGAAGAAAUUGAAUUCUUCUGGUUUGAAAAUUACAUGUGAAGAAGUUACAGAAAGAAGUUCGUUAUCUACAGAAGAUGUUAUAAUUUUAGAUUCAUUAUCAAUAUCUGUGGAAGAGAGGGUAGAUUGCAGUAAGAAGGUCAAGCCUGCAAAUAGUAUAUCCAAAGGUCCAGUCUCAAGUGCCUGUAAACAAACAGCUGGCCUCUCCAAGGAGAUGAAACAGCUAUGCAAGUCUGGUGGGAAAGCUGACGGACAUGAUGUCCAAGAACACAAUGUAACUGCUAAUUGCAAAAAUGGUACAUCAGAUGCAUCUUCUAUCCCUGGAUGCAACGGAAGUGACUCCAAAUCAGAUAAGCCCACAAGUGCCAUGGUUAAGAAUGUUAGUCCUGAUACUUUGAGCUGCACAACUGGCUUCAACAGGAGCAGAGAUGAUUCUGAUUCCUGGUUAGGUGCUCUUGGACAGGAGAAAAGUCAAAAAUGUGAUAUGGAUCAAAAACCGUGUGAUAUUGCUUUGAAGGCCUCACAUAAACGAAGCAUGAAGGAAGCAAAGGUUUCUUCAACUAAUAAGAUGGAGUCUUCUAGUUCAUUAUCAGAGGGACAGGAGAAGAGGAGAGAUCAUUCACAAGUUGUGAAAGUCAAAAAAGCUGCCCUAAACAACAGCGAACAUUCUGCCUUAACUUUGCUCGUAGAUCUGCAGGCUGAGAAAGAAAAAAUAAAAACCAGCCUGCAGUUGAAAGGUGGAGAAAUGCAUCUUGAUGAGAUUCAAAUGGCUGCAAGUGAUGAGAACUUUGGUAUGAACUUGUCCAUGGUGCCUCAAGGAAAGAAGGCAGAAAUGAGUGUCAAGUCAAAUCCAACAAACAAUCAAGAAUUCAAUCCAAUCUCUAAGGAAGCUGUUUCAAAUUCAUCUUUGAGUCCAAAUGCUAGGAAGCAGCAGAAGACUCUUAACAGUGCUAGUUUAAAUUGUUCUCUGAAUGGGAGGUUCCAAAACAAAAUAUCUCCACUUACCCUGCUGGAAGCUGAUGAGAAAGGUGCAAAACCGGAUGAUCACCAGAGUUCUGUAUCACCAUCACAGAAGAAAAGUAGAAGGGCUUCAAGUCUACCAAUGGUUGUGGAGUUAAGAAGUUCAGCUUUUCAAAUCGAAUUCUCAAAAUUGCAUGGGGACACAAUUGAUUGUACAGGUAAAAAAGAAUGUUCAGUUUCAGAGUCCUAUUCUGCUGAUGAUUGCUGCAUUGGGUUAUCAUUGGCCUCUGUCAUAAGUAACUUGAAGGACAUGAAAUUAUCUGAUCUGAGGGCCAUUGCAAAGGAACAUAAGCUGACAAAAUACCAUAAGCUUCGAAAAGAAGAUCUGGUAGAAAAAAUAGUAAACCGACUCGGUUGCUAAUAGGAAUGGCUUGUGUAUUGAUUGGUUUUCCAUUCAAUUCGUUCCGGUAUGUGGCUCAAUGGAUAUCUCUCUUCGGCAUUCCGAUAUGUCUUAAUCUUUUGAAUUGCUCCACUGUUCUUCAUCACUUCACAAAUCCCAGAAAGCAGACUAACAUAGUGUUAUGUAUUUUGUAUUAUGGCUGCUACAAUGAACAGGCAAGAAUUGAAUGAUUCAACUAGAACAAGAGAUCAAAUGAGUCUUUAGAAUCUCUGUACAUGAUUAGCUGCUUAAAACAUGCCAUUUAGGCAUUUACCAUUGUCCUUAACUGUAGAUGUAAUUUAUCUAUGGCAGUCUGGAGUUUUAAUUGUCAAGCAAAUAAUAACAUGGUUGGCAAUAG